GCAGUCGUACUGUCAGGCCGCAAGCGGGAGGGAAGGGGGCGGGGCCAAGCGCGACAACGAUCGGUUGCGGCGGUUACGUGAUGCGCACGCGUAGUGGCUCUUCGAGCAGGCAAGAUGGCGGCGCCCGUGGACCUUGAGUUGAAAAAGGCAUUUAGUGAACUUCAGGCAAAAGUCAUUGAUACCCAGCAAAAAGUGAAGCUUGCGGAUAUACAAAUAGAUCAGCUGAACAGGACGAAAAAGCACGCACAUCUUACAGACACAGAGAUUAUGACCUUGGUUGAUGAGACACGAAUGUAUGAAGGUGUAGGAAGAAUGUUUAUUCUUCAGUCCAAAGGGGUGAUUCACAAUCAGCUUUUAGAAAAACAAAAAGUUGCAGAAGAGAAAAUAAAGGAAUUGGAGCAGAGGAAGUCGUACCUGGAGCGAAGCGUAAAAGAGGCUGAAGAUAACAUCCGAGAGAUGCUGAUGGCUAGAAGAGCACAGUAGGGGGCUUCCGCCUCACCAGCACCCCCUUUCUUGUCUUUGGACCGAGCAGAGAAAUGCAGAGCAGCUUCAGUGCAGAGGACCCGAGAGACUUGAGUUACACACUGAAACUGCACCCCUCCCCUCAUCCCUAUUGUUUGAUGUACCAAUAAAUUCUACCUAAGGGG